GGGUGUGUACGUAAACACCUUUCAGAAGCAAGUCGAUUGUUGAAUAGCUGAUUGAAGUGAAAGGCGCAUGCACCGAGGGCUGUUAUCAACUAGGAUUACCAAUCCCCUUUGAAUUACUGUUGUUCAAUUGAGUCAUGCCUGAGAUCGAGAAGCUGUGUGCCAAUGCGAGCAGUACAUCUGACAGCUCUUCGUCUGGAUCUUCCGAAGGGGGAGUAUCUCCAGGGUCGUCACGGUGCCCCACCCCACUUCACUGGACCCCUCGGUACCACAGACUGAUUGACCGCAUCAACCGCAGGAUUGGUUCUGGAGAUCACUUUUUCUCACUUGAAUAUUUCCCACCCAGAACAGCCAAUGGAGCAGUCAAUCUUAUUGGAAGGUUUGAGAGGAUGGGUCAGGGCAAGCCGCUGUUCUGUGACAUCACCUGGCAUCCGGCUGGAGACCCCUCCAACACAGAGAAGCCCACCAGCUCCACGUGUAUGGCCGGCACGAUGCUCAACUACUGCGGCAUCGAGACCAUGCUCCACAUGACGUGUUGCAACAUGACCAUUGACACCAUCAAGUCCAACCUUCAGAAGGCCAAGGACCUUGGCAUCAGGAACAUCCUGGCACUGAGAGGAGACCCCCCGACAGAGGAGGACGACUGGCAGCCAGUUGAAGGAGGGCUCAACUAUGCUGUCGACCUCGUCCGCCUCAUCAAGAGGGAAUAUGGAGAUCACUUCGUUGUCUGUGUUGCAGGCUACCCCCAGGGGCAUCCGGAGUGUACUUCCUACAAGGACGAUCUCCGCCACUUGAAGGAGAAGGUUGAUGCCGGAGCUGAUUUCAUCAUCACACAACUCUUCUUUAAAGCAGAAACAUUCCUCGCGUUUUUCCAAGACUGUCGUGAAAUUGGCAUAAACUGUCCCAUCCUGCCAGGAGUCCUGCCCAUCCAGGCCUACCAGUCCCUCCGGCACAUCGUGAAACUGUCCAAGCUGGAAGUCCCUCAAGAGAUUAUUGAUGCUAUUAACCCUAUCAAAGACAAUGACGAGGCUAUUCGAAACUUCGGCAUUCACCAUGCAGUUGAAAUGUCCAAAGUCUUACUACAGACUGGAAACAUCUUUGGCCUCCACUUCUACACCCUCAACAGAGAAGUGGCAACAAUAGACAUUCUCAAGAGACUCGGGCUGUGGAAGGAAGAAGUCAGGAAGCCAUUACCAUGGAAACUGACAGCAAAUCAUGCUCGGUGCAAGGAAGAAAUUCGGCCAAUUUUCUGGAGGUGUAGACCUAACAGUUAUGUGUAUCGUACGUCAAACUGGGAUGAGUUUCCAAAUGGCAGAUGGGGCAAUUCAUCUGCUGCAUCGUUUGGUGAUCUGAAGUACUACCAUCUGUUUUACCUGAAGAGCAGCUCGUCUAGGGACGAACUGAUGAAGAUGUGGGGGGAGGAGCUGACAUGUGAGCAGGAUGUGUGGGAUGUCUUCACUAGCUACAUCACUGGGGAACCAAACAAGAAUGGAAUUAAGGUGACAAAAGUCCCAUGGGAUGAUGAAGAACUCUCCCCAGAAACAUCUUUGAUUGCCAAGGAACUCGGCGAGAUCAACCGACUGGGCGUCCUCACCAUCAACUCCCAACCUAGCGUCAACGGCUCUCCCUCCGAGGAUCCCAAGGUCGGGUGGGGGACAUCCAAUGGCUAUAUAUUCCAGAAGGCGUAUGUUGAGUUCUUCACGUCGAGUGCGAAUGUCCAAGCCUUGAAGCAGAUCCUCCCCGAGUACCCCAUGGUCAACUUCCAUAUCCUCAACAAAAAGGGUGAUGAGAAUUACACCAACUGUCACGAGUCGGAGCCGAUCGCUGUGACAUGGGGGGUGUUCCCGGGGAGAGAGAUUGUGCAGCCCACCGUCGUGGAUCCCAUUGCGUUCAAGACAUGGAAGGACGAAGCAUUUGGGCUGUGGUUGGAGACAUGGGGCAAGCUGUACUCGCCUGAGUCCCAGUCACACAAGGUGCUGGAGGACAUCAGCAACAACUACUACCUGGUGAACCUCGUCGACAACCAGUUCCCCAAGCCAUCAUGUCUGUGGGAGGUCAUCAACAGAAUGUUAGGCCUGGCUGGCCACAAGUCAGAUGACCAGAGUCAAGCUUGUGUAGACAACUAGAGGUACACGACCAUGUUGUUACUCGGACUGAUCAAAGAAAUGGCCUUUUCCACAACAGAAGCAAGCAUGCCCAUGUAUGGAACAAGCACUACUAGCCAUGCUGGCUUCACCCAUGUCUUUCAAGCUUCCUAUUGUGGUGCAUGUGAUAUACAGAGCUGGGCUACACACAGGUGUUGGCACAGACUAAGUCAUUGCAUUCAAAGGUUGGAGAACAUUAGCUGCACAUCAAUGCAUAGGUAGAUUACCAAACAGUCUGUAACAGCUGGUUAUUAAAUGUGAUAAACAGGUGCCUGUUUACCACAUGUGUCAAAGAUCAGCCACUUGGUGAGCCUGCGUGGAAGUACUGUUGAUGUCUGUGCUGGCCAAGGGUUGGGCUGUCUUGUCCUUGAGCGAGUAAACUGUCAAAAUGUACAGAAUUGAAGGCAGUUGUCUUCAUUUUAACAGGCUCAAUAUAUUUCAGCUUUUGAACUGCAAUAUAUUUCCAUGAAUAUUUUAUUCCUUGGUUGGGACUACAGGUACUAGAUGCUUUACUUGUAUUAAAUCAGGAGAAUUUUAAACAGAUUUCACACCUUGAAUAUCAUUGAUUAACAUUGACUACUAUCCACCUGAACAGCAAAUUUCUGUAAAUAUAUUUUUAAAAAAAAUGAAUUUCAAUGAGAUUAAGGAAUGAAUUAUGACGAAUACUGUCAAAAUAAAUACCAGUGUCUGUGUGUGUGUAUGUCUCUAGUUUGGUUUCUCAAGAAUUGUCAACUUCUUAUUGUGAUGUGCCAGUACAUAUUGUCACCUCCUUUCUGAUUAUUGUUUGUGGCAGCUAAUUGAAGCAUUCGUAAAAUAUCAACUAACCUCUUUUUUAUCUUUUUAUAAACGGUAUGAAACAACCAGAGUGUUAUUCGAUGUUGUUAGCAACAUUGGGGUAGAAUACACUUAUUUGGAAGUUGAGAGUAAUUUGAGUCCUCAUUUACUUGCCUAGGCACAAGGCGACCUUUAUCUCCCUUUCUAGACAUUUGUGAGUGAUUUGUGAAUAGGGCCUGUUAUUUAUUGCUGAUCCUAUAUACUAGAUCCAUUGCCUUUUAUGGUUGUAAACCUUAUCCUGUUUAUCAAUAUUGUUUGUUUAUUAUUUAUUGAUCUGGUGUGGUUAUUUACUGUUUUCACUGUUUAUUUCAGAACUGAUGAUUUCUGGGUAAAUCUUCAUGUAUUAACUUGGGAAUCAACACCUAACAUGAAUCAAUAGCUAAAAUUUGAUUGGCGACAUACUAAGUCGGUCAAACCUGACAUUACAUUUCCACACCGCUGGGGGUAUUCAUUCCUAGGUCUGCUUUUAAUUUGUAGUUCACAGAAUUUACCAAACCUGACUGACUGAUACUGACUAGCAAUCCAUACCAUCAGUGGCAUGACCUACUGCCAUUUUAGCAAUCAAUUGGUGAUGAGCACCAAAUGAAUGGGUACUGAGUGGUUUAUUCAACAACAUGAAAAUUGCAGCAAGGGACAUAACUCAAAAACUGAAUUCUGUGAAACCAUCUUUUCUCGAAAUAUUGUUUCAAUUGAUCUUAAUUUAUGUUUGUUUUUUGUUAGUUUAAUGCCACACUUAGCAAUAUUCUAGCUAUAUGACCAGACAUCAUGACAUUGAUCCCAAAUUAGGAUACGAUGACAUGCAUAAACCAAGUUCGUAAGCCUGACCAACUGAUCCUGUUAGUCACAUCUUAUGACCAGCACAGGUUGCUGGGGACUUACAUUCUUACCCAGAAUAUCUUUUUCUAUGGUUGUGGCACAAUGUUCAUCAGUACUUUUGUUAUAUCAACCCUCCACUAGGCUGGAACUGCAGAUACUUGAUAUAUUUUCGAUAGUUCUUCACUUAUUAUUCUGUGUGAUGGUGUGUCCCUGUGCUUGAAACCAUCCAAGUGUAGGUGUCGUGUACAGUCAAGUCUCGUUAAUCUGACACUUGUUAAUCCCACAAUCGGCCUUAUCCGACAUUAAUGAUGGGAACCAAUUAAAUCAGUGCUAUUUAGACCUGUUGAUCCGACAGUCUCGCACUCCGACUCCAACACACCUAAUUUACAACGAAUUACCGAAAUUACUCAUUCUUCAGUCUUGUUAAUCCGACACAGUGAUCAGUGUACUACGUGACCAUCUGCCCGCGAGUACACAGCCCGUGUUUUGAUGCGAGACGAAUCGGCUGAUAGCUGCAUAUUACAACGGCUGCAGAGAUAAACUGAAUUUCAAUAUAUUCUCUACAUGUCUUUAUACUUCUUUUCAAACUUGAAUAUACUGUAGUUUGUACAACUAUUUUCUGGCAGUUCUGAUGGUAGAAAAGAAUUGUAUCUCAGUGGGUUUAAAAAUUCUUAGUGAGUUUGGUGUAACCUCAUAAGAUUUCUUAUAGAUGGAGAAAGAUAGAGAAACUUGAGACAAUUAUUUAUAUCAAAGAUCAAGAAGUACCCACAAGUGACUGGCUAAUUUGAAUCUCUCUUGCACAAUACUUAACUUCACUUAUUCCGUGUAGUCUGCUUUGUCUGCAGGUCAAUUCUAUUCCAAGAGUCCUUGAGUGCCUGUAUUUUCCAGUAGAUGUUAUUUUAUGUUAAAAUGCUUUUUAUGACAUGAGAAUCUUGUUACGUGCCAUUUUACAGUCGAGACGUAGGAUAGCCCUGUGGGAAGUGCUGGUUGAGACACAUACCUUGGUUUGAUUCCCAAUGGUGGUCAGAUCUGUGAAGUGCAUUUACUGCUGAACUUAUUUUUCAUUGUGAGGCAACAUUGAUUGUGUAGAACAUGGAAUAUUUUAUCGCUGUGUUCAACUUACAGUUCAUUGUAUGAUAUGGUUGACGUGCUAUCAACAUACAUACAUACAUACGUACGUACGUACGUACAAACGCACGCACGCACAUACAUAGACAGUGUAAACCAAGACAGACCAAUAUAUAUAUAUAUGUAUAUAUAUGCAGUGUAAACAAAGAUAGACCAACACAUGUAAUGGAUUGGUGGCUUACAUUAUUUGUUGAGAAUGAAUAAUGGCUUUGUCUGUAAAUUGUAGUGGCAGUACCUUUUUCCUCCACAAUUCUUUUUUUUGUUACAUUUUAUAGCAUCUGGUGCACACUGUAUGAAUUGUUGUGAUAUAUGUUGACAGUAUUAAAGGUUGAAUUUUAUCAUGA